GAUGAUCAUCACAGAGUCGUCACGUCGGGGAUCCGCAGCGACCGAUAGAGAUGCUGAGGUGACAGGCAGAAGGAGAAAAGGGACGGCCACACUCAGACAUAUUUCGCCUCCGCUCGCUUAUUUCUAACCAGCCUCCGCCGCUUCCUGUGGACGGUUCGCUCGCUAUGGGAUUCCGCUCAACGUCGUCCCCGCCGCCUCCAAACGUAGAGGAUUUUUUGUAACCACACCCGGCUCUUCUUUGGAUCAAGGACUGGCAGCAAAAGACCCGAGGGUUCUCCAUCAAGGCCCAAAUGCCAGGCCCAGUCUGAGGCAGCUGGUCGAGGGGGGAAGCAGUGAGGACAGCGUCCUUGGUCCACAAACGGGAUGAGCGGGGGAGUGGAGCAAGCUGACAUCCUAAGCGUGCUAUCCCUGGUCAAGGAACGAUGGAAAGUGGUGAAGAAGAUUGGGGGUGGUGGGUUUGGGGAGAUCUACGAGGCUUUGGACCUGCUGACACGGGUCAGUGUCGCUCUGAAGGUGGAGUCGGCCCAGCAGCCCAAACAGGUGCUCAAGAUGGAGGUCGCCGUGCUCAAGAAGCUCCAGGGUAAAGACCAUGUGUGUCGCUUUGUGGGAUGUGGCCGCAAUGACCGCUUUAAUUACGUGGUGAUGGAGCUUCAGGGUCGUAACCUGGCUGACCUGAGAAGGAGUAUGACCAGGGGAACCUUCAGCAUCAGCACCACCCUGCGUCUGGGGCGCCAGAUCCUGGAGGCCAUAGAGAGCAUCCACUCUGUGGGCUUCCUUCAUCGUGACAUAAAACCAUCCAAUUUCGCAAUGGGCCGCUUUCCGAGUACCUGCAGAACCUGCUACAUGCUGGACUUUGGUUUAGCUCGCCAGUUCACCAACUCUUGCCAGGAGGUCCGACCUCCCCGUCCAGUGGCAGGGUUCAGGGGAACAGUCCGCUAUGCAUCUGUCAAUGCACACAAGAAUAAGGAGAUGGGUCGUCAUGAUGACCUGUGGUCUCUCUUCUAUAUGCUGGUGGAGUUUCUGGUCGGUCAGUUGCCAUGGAGGAAGAUCAAGGACAAAGAACACGUGGGGAAGCUAAAGGACACUUACGACCAUCGUCUGAUGCUAAAACACCUACCAGCAGAGUUUGGUGUAUUCUUGGAACACAUCUCCAACCUUGACUACUUCACCAAGCCUGACUACCAGCUGCUGAUGUCAGUGUUUGACAACAGCAUGAAAACCUACAAUGUUGUGGAGAAUGACCCUUAUGACUGGGAGCGGACCGGCACAGAUGGCACUUUGACAAUCAGUGCCACUGCCACGACACCGCAACAUCACACCCGCCUCACUCCGGCACACAUGGGUAUGGCGAAUGCCUCCCUGAUCCCUGGCGACCUGCUGAGGGAAAACACAGAUGAGGUCCUGCAGGACGAGCAGCUCAGUGAUGUGGAGAACAACCCAGCCCCAGAGCGCCUGCCGGGCUCUCCGCUCCACCCACACCGCAACCAAGAAGCUGACGUCUGGGAGGAGCUGGAUCGCAACCGUAACCGCAUCAGGACUGGAGUCUGGAAGGCGUCAACUGAGGAGGAACACAGCAACAACCAGGGUAACCAAGGACACCAGAGCCCUUAUGCUGGGCCAAGCCUGGGAUCCCCAGUCAAACUGCACCCUGAGGUGGUGGCUUCAGAUCGUGAUGCCCCUCUGCUGAGGAAGCUCCGCAACAUUCACAGUUUUGAGCUGGAGAGGAGGCUUGGCCUAGAGUCCAAGCCCAGUCCAGAGCGUUUCCUGGAGGGCGGUUCACCAAAACAGCAGAUUGGCACCCAGCACCAGGAUAAGGAGGCUGACGGGCAUGCAGUCAUCCCAGUAACUCAGGGUCAAGCUGCCGGGGAGCGUCCUGAUAGGGUCUGGCACUAUGAUGAGGAGUUCCGGUCUGGUGGUGGUUCUCCUAAGCCAGCAUCCUGUGGAUCUCUGGAGCAGGGAGAGGGGGCAGUCAGUAGCGGGGGCUUUGUGGCCCUCAAUCUGAGCUCUGGGAGGCAGGACAUUGACUCAAGGGAGUGGGUAAUGGUUGAGCGGCCCAGUGGCUCUCCAGGAGCCAAGGUUACCACCAGCCCUUCGGAGGAGGAUGGGGAGCUGGAAGUGCUCCAGCCAGGGGAACAGUCUCCUGGAUGGGAAAAGGGCAGCCCUAGUCCUAACCCUGGAAAAGCUAGACGAGAAAGCAUGGCUUCCUCCAAGGGAAGUGCAAAAGUGGACAAGUUGGAGCUUAGCGUGGGCCCUGCAGGGGCUCUGCCCCCCGUCACUCCAACCAGCCCAGCGGAAGCUCUGGCUGAGGGAGUUCUCACUCAGUUCCCCACCUCUCCUCCAUCCCUGCCUGAGGAGGUUGCGGUCCGGACAUCCAGCCCCAUCCCUCUGCGCUCUCCUAGCCCUCACACUCUCCUGACCACCUUGUCGGACCCGCUGCACCUGCGCCAGCCACUGAGCAUGAGGCGCAGCCUGUCCGUUGACCAGCAGCAGCAGGAGCGCACCUCCUCUUCCUCCUCCUGCCACGCCUCCCUACCACUUCCACCAAACCCUGCCCCUGGCACCCGCUCGCCCAGUCGCAGGAAACUGCCAGCCAUCCCGGCGGGUGCUGCCAACACCAAGUUUCCCUCUGUCAUACGCAUCACCCGUGCCCAGCUUCAACAGUUGACAGCUCAGCGUCCCUCUGUGCUUUCCUCCCAGUCAGGAUCAGACAGUGCCCCACAGUGCCUCCUGCUGGAGAGGCAUGGUGAAGCUGAAACUGAGGCUCAGCAGGUCCAGGAGCGUACAACAGACAUCAGCUCCCCCCAGGACCAUGUGCUUACCCAUCCAGGGACACCCACAGACCCCCUGGCUGAGAUGCUGGUCAAUGGAAACAACCACGCCAAAGCUCAAAGCCCUGUGCCAAGCCACGUGUCUUCCCCACGCUCCCCCCAUUCUCCACGCUCGCCUCCUCCGCGCACGCCUUCCUCCCCAUGCUCUCCACGCUCCCCUCACAGUGCUGUGUUUGCCAAUGGCCACUUCUCCCCUCCUGUUAAUGGCCAAAGGGAUUUAAGUAACGGAGCAUUCUCCAAGAUGAAAGACGCUGAGAAUGAUUAUGGCCACAGUCCCUGUGACACAGAGCCUCAGCUAAGAGAGAGCAGAGAAGUGAAUCAGGCCCCAGAUGACACUAGUGGCCCAACCUCCUCCUCCCCGGCUGCUCCCCGUAAGGACCCCAGCCGGAGGCAAAGUCGCAUCCCAGUCCUGGAGCCUUCCAGACUGCUGGAGCUCCCUCCUCCAGGGUCUGCGAAGGAGAAGCUCCUGCAGAAGAAAGCUAGCCACCAGGGCCUGGUCCCCUCUCCCACUGCCUCGCCAUCCCUCUCUGAUAGGCGUGGCCCCAUGGUGGCCUCCCUUGCCAGGGACCCGCUGUCCUCAACCUCUGACCGUUCUCAGGAAGAGGACUCUCUUAUGGGCUCCCGUUCGGACCGCCAGGGAGACGAUGCUCCUUCCCUGUCCUCCUCCUCCAGCCCUCUGUCCCGAAAGAGCAGAAUCCCUCGUCCUGUUCAUUCAGCUUCUUCCGCUGAGCAGCUGGCUGCCCAAUUCCUGCCACGGCCACCUCCUGGAAAGCCACCUUGCCGCCCCACAGUGGAGGGCAGGCUUAGGCGUUACCGCAUUCGAGCUGGCAGCAACAGUGACUCAGACCUCUUGACAUGCCUUGCUCAGCUGAUGCAUGGUUCCCGAGGCUCCCCCCUUCACCACCGCUCCUCAGCUCAACACGGGGGCUCCAGGAUGGGCAUCUGCAGCCUGACGAGCUCUCCGCACCACCAUCGCAGCUCUAGCGCAUCCCCACGCAGCUCCUCCUCCCUGCAGCGCUCCGUCAGCUCCUCGCCCUCCCGCCACGAGCACCGUGGCGGCGGUGGAGGGGGCUGCCUGGGCCGCAGCCGCUCGCCCCCAAGCUUUUCUGGCUCGCCACCUCCCCGCCGCUUCUACCCUCACCACCAGGAGACUUGCUGUAGCCGCCAGGCCCGCACAGGCCCAUUCCACCUGCCCAGGGGGAAAGUCUGUAGCCGAGAGGGCAAGUGCUCCAGCAAGUUGAGCAGAUAGUUGCCCACCAGGUUGCGCUGCCACAGCAGAGGACGGGAAGACUCCCAUUAUGAUAGGGUGGACCGCAGUAGGGAUAAAAGCCUGAGUCUUCCUGUAUAAUUAAAAAAACAUCUUGUAUCCCCAUUUUCGCUGUCCGUCUGAGACUUACACUUGUCUCGUCGUUUCCCACUGUUCUCUUCACUAUUUGCACACAGGGUUUGUUAUUCAUUUAUGUGCCCAGCUUUAAAGGGGCACUCCAGCAAUUUUGUAUUGCACAUCUAAAAAGUUGCUGGACUUUUGAGAGGCAGUCUUGAAAAAGAAUGAAUCUGAGAUAUCCGAACCUUUAGUCUGCUAAGCUCCAAAAAUGCUGGCUCCUACAUUUCCCAUUAUGCAACAAGACUGCGUCUUUCAUCACGGCCCCUCUAUCUUGUAAGUGCCCACUUCUUUCAAUCCCCAUGUCUCCAGUUUGUAAAGAAGGCUGAAGGCGAGUAAACUGACCUUUAUGUGUUAAAAUCUGUGGAGUGCCCUUUUAUAACUUAUCAAACAAGCAAUGUUGACAUGUCAGGGUCCUCAUUUUAUUUAUAUUAUCAUGUUGUAGAGCAAAAUAAUAUAGCUGUAAAAUGUAGACAGUAAUUUCCUAAUGCAGGCAUUACUAUAAUACAUAAUCAAUAGUUGGUUGGGCCAGUGGGCACAUAAAUAAAUCAUUUUCCUGUUUAUUCAUCUUCAUCCAUCCUGCACCACCACAUAAUGUAACUUAUUUAUCCUUAGUAUUAAUGCACUUGAUUAUACUGACGGAGUAUCAGUAUAGCUGAUCACAACUUAAUAAAAUUUUGGCCUGGGGUUGAUUCAGUUGUCUCCUCUGUAUUUGGAGAUGGCAGGCAGGGUAUAAUAUUUACUUUAUGCUAAUAAUGUGUUAGCAUAAAGCCAGAAUUUGUGUACAGUUGUAUUUAUUGAGAUAUUUAUUUUGAUGCUUAGCGAUGCUUAGGACUCCUGCCCUCUUCUGUGUGAUGUUGUAUGUAUGGUUGUUGGUUUUGUGUCACUCACAUUAGUUUUUAAAUGUUUAAUCGAAGGGUUCACUCCAAAGUGACCCUUUUAUACAAUCAAUCAUGUAAAGUGCGUGAGGACACACACCUUUUUGUGCCUACUGUGUUGCUAAGAGGGAAUCAAAAUGUACCCUGAAGGAAGGGAUUACAAGUUAGGAUUGUGAAAACUUUUUAGAGCUGAAGGCAUUGAUGGAACGUGUGUUUUCCAGUAGUGGUAGCUGUAGCAGCAGUAGUAAGCUUAAACAACACAAGGUACAUUACUGAUGAGUAAUGUUCAGACACAGAUGUUUGUCUCAAUGUGUGCCUUGGCACUUUGGGCAGCUCAAGGAUUCUCUUUGGUUUAUUUGUAAUUAGAAAAAAAGGAGCCAAAAACAAACUUGUGCCAGCCGUUAUAAGACGACCCUUUUUACCAGUAUUCUUUUAUGUAGAAAAGGUAGCAACACAAAUGUUUAUAAAUCAAACACAAUUUGAGCAGCAGUUUACUUGAUGACAGAGUAGCCAUUCUUUGUAAUUACGAAAAGGAAAUAUUUCAAGUGACACCUCACUUAACUGUCCUGUACGCCAGGUCAGUGUUGGAGAUAAAACGUCGAAGAAAUGUGAAUUUCAGACCUCAAACAACAUUUUGUCAAAUGUUAUUAGAAAAUGGAGGCCAUAUGUACACAUAUUUCUCACACCAAAAUGAUGUUCCAUGCUUCCAUGUGCAAGAAUGUUUUGGUUAUUUUUGUUUGUUUCUCCUGAGCCAGAGAAUAAUGACACAGUAUAUUUGUGCACAAGGCAAAGAAUUAGAGUAUUUGUUUGUGUUUAAUUUAGUUAGGAUUCCUCACUGAAACUCUCCUCCACAACCUCCUCCCACUCCUCUGCUUGUAAGAUACUGUACAAUAACUCCAGCUUCCUCCCAAUGCUACGCUUUGCAUGCUCAACACAGAAAAAAAAAAAAUCAGAAUCAACUACUGAGUAAAAAGCUGCAUACAGCUUCCCAUCACACAGCAUCUAUCUUGUGAAGAUUUAAACUUGGCAGUGACUUCAUUACCUGCUGGGUGAGCCGUUUUAAUUUCUGUGCAUCUGCGUAUUUUCUCUGACCCAUCUUUCACUGAUCCUCUCCCCCACCUGUUGACGAGUUUUCUGUGCUUCCUGCACUGACUUGGGAUGAUUGUGUUGCUGUUGGAAUGAUAGACAGUAUUUUUAUCAGUGCAACUACCUGACAUGAUGCACAUAAGAAUUACCAGAAAGAAAAGAAAAAGGAGAAUAGACUGUGCUGCGUUUUAAGCACUACUGUAGGAAACAGCAGCAGUUGAAAGAUAAAUAUCAGUCAUAGCCUUUAUGGGAUUAUGGCUAUACACAUGGAGAACGGAAAAAACUAAUCACAUUGCCAAAUAUUUUGAUAAAUUUUGCAGAUGUGGUUUGACUUGAUAAAUAUUGGAGGGAAUACAGACUGAAUGGGUGAAAUUGCUUUGUAGAUAUGAAAUGUGCUGUUUCGUCUGACUCCUGCAGAUCUUGCAGAUACCUACGCUAGCCUCGCAGAGCAGCUAUGAUGACUCAUCCUGAAGGCAGACAGCGUUCAGUCAGUCAGUCGCCUUAAUGUAUCUUCUCUGCCCCUCUGUGCGUAGCGAGGGAUGACUGAGCCUUGUCUGUGUUGGAGAUCAUUCCACUCUUAGGCCAAGCCAUGCCUUCCUAUCACUUCUCUCCUGCCUGUGAAUGGCAUGUACUACCAUGCCAGUCAGUGUGGUGAAUAUAUCCCAUCUGAAAUCAGUGCUGUCAGACUCUUGUGCUUACAAAGCUGCGCUUCGACUGGAGAGCUCGCUGUUUUUCUGUGAGAAUGCUUGAGCCUUUUAUUGAUUGACUGGAGAAUUUCAGGGUUCAGUAUUCAAGGUGUGUUUGUUAGGGUGAUAAGUGUAUGCUCUCAAACAGGGAUGUGCAAUUUUGACACGUCGCCAGCAAUCAAUCUUUGAAUUCUCCCUCUUUCAACUCUCUAUUUCAGGCUCACCGAUUUCAAGAUAUUUCAAGCUUUCAAAGUUUAGAACGCUGUUGUGCAGACUUUUAAUAUGUACCUGUAAAAUAUUCAAAGUAAUUAUUUAAAUAAAAAUAAUUAUUGUAAAACCAUAACUUAUAUGCUAACAGGCUUCGGUGGAAGGGAGGAACAGACACUAAACAGUGCUGCUGGUUUUAGAAGAUAAUCAGAUUCUUAUUAUGUUUUAUUUUCAUAAUUAUUGCACAUAAGUGGUGUGUAGCUGUAGUACUAGUGAUACCUUCCAGAUGAAUUUUUCUUUGUCACUUUUUUUAAAGUGGCCUGCUCAUAGAAAGGUGUCAUAUUUAUAGUAGCUUGUCGGAAUUUGUGGUUACAGAUACCAUACGCCAAUAGAACAAACCCAGCUGCUUUAUUUUAUUUUAAAAGGUGAAAUAGAAACUAAUAAAGCCUUGGUGUGCACUAGUACACUUCUCAUGUCAUAGCAUUGGAUUACUUGUUAGUAACUUAUAGAUACUUGACUGAAAUGAUUUAAUGUGACAUUUGCUUAUUUGCUGAUCCAUCAUUUUGACUUCAAUUGUUAGAAAUUUUUAAUGGUUGAUAUUUUUGUGUUGUAAUGUAUGUCAUGGUUUUGAAAUGUAACUGUACAGUCUCAAGGAAAGAAUGUAACAAGUGGGAGUUUUGCAUUGUAUAUAACUGUAAUUAUUUAUGUUUAUUCUAUCAUUUGUAUCAUAUCAAUGCCUUGUACAGUGUUUUUGUUCUUUUUUGUUUUAAAAUUAUUUUGUAUUUUAUUUUUAUAAACUGGUUAUAAAUAAAAUACUCAUUCCGCAUGCAGACAGAA